AUGGAAGUGAAUCGAGGCGUUACAAAGUUCCUGUUAGCCGCGUGUAUAGCGCUUUGCCGGUUUUCAGUGACGACGGUUGAAGCGCUGGAUAACGGGCUUGCACUGACGCCACCGAUGGGAUGGAUGAGCUGGGAGCGCUACCGGUGCAUUACCGAUUGCAAACGGUAUCCAGAUGAGUGCAUUAGCGAGCGAUUGUUCAAAAGAAUGGCCGAUCUGCUGGUGUCCGAGGGCUACCGAGACGCCGGUUACGAGUACGUCAACAUUGAUGACUGUUGGAUGGCCGAGGAGCGUGACGAGGAUGGCAUUUUGCAGCCUGAUAAGGAGCGGUUCCCGAACGGCAUCAAGCACCUUGCAGAUUAUAUCCACGAUCGGGGCUUAAAGUUUGGAAUUUAUCAAGACAUUGGCACGAAAACUUGUGCCGGGUAUCCGGGAAUGGUGGGCUAUUUCAAGCUGGAUGCUCAAACAUUCGCCGAUUGGGGUGUGGAUUUCAUAAAGAUUGAUGGCUGUUACGCCGAUGUCGAGCUAAUGGUAGAGGACUACAUUCGGUUUGGUAGGUAUAUGAAUGAAACGGGACGUCCGAUUCUGUACUCGUGCUCAUGGCCAGCGUAUCAAGAAUACGAUGGAAUCAUCCCCGAUUAUGAGCAACUGAAGGAAACGUGUAACAUGUGGCGCAACUGGGGCGAUAUAGAGGACUCGCAUCAAUCGGUCGUUGAGAUCACGAAGUACUUCUCUGACCAUCAAAACCGAAUCAUUCCACAUUCGGGACCAACGCACUGGAAUGAUCCUGACACGCUAAUUCUCGGCAACUAUGGGCUAAGCUACGAUCAGAGCAAAUCCCAGCUUGCCGUCUGGACCGUCUUGGCGGCGCCCCUUCUCAUAUCGAACGAUUUAUCCAAGGUGACACCGGAGGUAAAAGAUCUGCUUCUAAACCCGGAGAUCAUCGCCGCGAACCAGGACCGGCUGGGCAUACAGGGACGUCUGGUCAAAAAGGUCGACAAGAUAGAGAUCUGGAAGCGGCCGAUUCUACCGAAGAUCGGAUCGGAGCUGACGCAAGUUGUCGCCUUUGUAAGCCGUCGAGCUGACGGUGCUCCGUAUGCGGUUAAAGUUGAUCUCCGGACCGACGUUGGUCUCAAUAGUACGAUCGUGAGGGCCUACAAAGUCUACGACCUGUUCGAGACGAAAGGGAAACCAUCGUACGUGCGCGUUAAGGACCACUUCGAAACUCGCAUCAAUCCGACCGGUGCGAACCUGUACCGCUUCGUACCCAUCGUCAGUACGGACUUUAUCCGCUAUUGAUGCGCUCCUCUCGAGAAGUUGUGCUU